UAGGCCCGGCCCGGCCCGACAGAUGGCCAGGUAUACCGGGGACUGUCCGAUGACCGGCGGCAGCAGAGGCACCACCGGGCGUCAAUCCGCCUCCUCCAGGAGCCGCGGGGACCCGUUCUCCUCUGCCACGGAUCCGUCCGCGCGCCGGACCAUCGCCGCCGCAGCAGCGCGGCGACCAUGGCACCUCUGCGCCUCCUGACCGUGAGCGCCAGAACCCUCCUCCUUCUCCCAGGGAUUGAUUCGGCCACCCUUCCGUCCGUCGCCUUCCUCGCUUAUACCGGCGGGUGGCUGGAGACGGAGUCGGAGUCGGAGGCCGCGGCGGCGCUGCGCAGGAUGGCGCGCUCAGUUUGGUCUGGUUUGCGGAUGACGCGGCGACGCCUGUUGCGCUUGCUCAAAAAAUGGAGGCCACUCUGCCGGAAGAAAGAUAUCCUGAUGCUGGGCAAAUGCCUCCAGAUCAUGGAGACCAAGGCAUGGGAAUGUCCCUGGCUCGGCUCAGCGUGAAGAGAACAACUGUGCUGGCGCUGGGAUUUCGAAGAUGGCGCUCAAGCUGUUGAUCUGAUCAGGAGUAUAGUCCUGAUAGCUAAAAUCUGUAGUGGAGACUGGCGCAGGGUACAAAGUUGUAGUGAUACUUUUUUGAAGAUUUCCCCCCAAAAAAUUCACGCGUACGAAGUUGUACUCCCUCCGUCCCAUAAUAUAUAAUAUAUAAUAUGUACUGGUGUGCUAAGAACACAGGAAUGAUGCACAAGAACAAUGCCAACCAAAGAACUUUGUGAGACUGAAGCCACCGUCCUCGCGAGAUUGAUUUCCUGGUGUAGGUUAUUUGUGUAAAAGACGUCUUACGUUUAGAUUGAUAUUAGUUGCCAACUGGACGAAUAAAUGGCCAAUGUGAAAUAUUUUAUCCUUAUCAAUCGCAUAAGUGUUCAAGCCUUUUCAUCAUUAUAAUAAUCAAGAAAAAGUCUUAGUUGUACUAGACGCCGGAAGGAAGGCCACAACAAAAACAUAAACAACGGUUCUACUUUCCCGGCAUCAAGUUGUUUAUUAUUAUGUGAUGAGUAUCCACGUGUAUUUCGUACAGCCUCUGUUUGUCCGUGCAUGAUGUAAUAUCUUUCAAGCAGCUCUCUGCCUCUCUUUCAAAGUUUCAAGUAAGAUAUCACUUUCACACAUACGUUUGGCUGCCUGCCAAUCUAGCAUGUCAUGUCUCCUCAUCUGUUCCUGUCCAGGUCGGCAUGCAACGACACUCACUGAGCGAUGCCUUCUACGCCACUUAAACUGGAUCCAGCAACCAAUCCACUCAGUCGAAUCAAUUCCUUGAAUAAAUCUGUUACUAGUGAAGACAUUAUUGUCAAAUCCAACUACUACUCCAAUGCAGAUCGCACAACCUCCUCGUGCUUUAAGUAAAUCUAUCAGUGAAAUCAUUAUUGCCCGUUUGAAUCUGGUAGAUCGGAGUUUAUUGAUAAAC